AUGGUGUUCUGUUAUAAAACAAUAACAGAGUCCCCGCGACGCUCGCCGAGGAAGAAGAAAACAACUUCUCGCUCUAAGAAUACUAAGAUAUCAGAAAUCCUCGGCCUCGACUACGACACCGGCACGGACUUGGGCUCCGUCCCUGAACGGGAAUGGCGUCUCCUGGCCGCCCUUGCUAAGAAGAGGAAAGAUGAAGACGAUAGAGAGAGACUGGCCGACCAGUUCCAUAAGAUGUGGCUACAGGAGAAAGAGGGACGGGAGAUGAUGGAAGCCCAAACCUCCCUACAAUACAAGCGUUUCAUCAACCGCAAGCGAGAAGACGAGCGCAUCUGGCACGAACACCGCCGGAUGUUGAAGAACCUCGAACAUCAUAUGCAGAAAGACCAGCUGCUGAACACCAUCAGAUGGAAGGAGAGGAAGGCUGAGGAACUGUUGGCUUGGACGGAAGAUAAAAAGGCAUCAGAACUAGUCAACAGGGUACUAGAAGACGAAGCCCGCGCAUUCCUAGCAGCUGAAAGACGGUUUCGCCAAGAAUCAGCUGAUGAGUGGAGGAGGCUGCUGGAAGUCGAGGAGACUAAGAGGAGAGCUGAUCAUGCCGACAAGAGGAGGAACGAGAUUCUUCGAGACUCAUCUAGGCGCAUAGCGAUAUCCAGCGCCCUCAACACCUGGGAGAGCUCAGUUCUCCGCGAAGAGCUAGCCGCCUCGGACGCGGCGCGGCGCGCGCAGUACGCCGCGCUCGCCACGCUGGCGUCGGCGCGCGGCGAGCGCGUGGCGCGCGCGCGGGACGCGCAGCGGCGGCGCGCGAGGGCGGUCGCCGCGAGGUGCGAGCUGUGGAGGGACGCGGUGAGGCGAGGGAGUUAUUAG